AUGGAUCAUCAAUCGUUCGUUAGCAUAGCCUUUUUGUUAAUGUUAGCACUACAUUUUUCAUUGGCAUUAACAAAUUUUGAUGAAUCAACGGACUUUAUAAAAAAUGAAUUGGAGCCCUCGGAAAGGAUUUAUUUACAAAGCAUUAACGGAAAGGAUAACAACAUGCAAGAGAAUUAUGAACGUCGUCGCCAAUCUGAUCCUACGUCUCCGCAAUCUCCUUCACCAUAUGGUGCGAACAAGGGCAAAAUCCGACCCCGCUUACUUAAAUAUGACUUUUUACGCAAUCAGUGGGUUAUGCGUAAAAUACGUGACUGA